AUGUUGCUCUGUGCCCGGGGCGCAAUACUCAGGAGCCCGAGGCUGAACUUGCUACGCCUGACUUCGAGAGUCACUCCUCGAUCACCAACCCUUACCCUAGUCUCCCGAUCCCCUGUCGCGACGCAGAUCAAUGUCAUACCGAUCCUCCGCAGCCAAUGUUGCGCUUUCUCGACAACACGUUACCGAUCAGAACAAACAUCCGUUGAUCCAGUGACCGAAGUUCUACCUGUUUGCUGUCCAGGAUGUGGUGCAUUCUCGCAAACGGUGGAAGCAGACGAGCCUGGAUAUUAUAGCACAUCACGGAAACAGACACGGAAGCUACUGGCCGCAAGCAAGAAACUACCCGAACCUGAUAACAAUGAUAUUGUGGAAGUACACGAUAAUGAUAAUGUCGUGGGUUCAGAACCACCGCGUCCCAUUCAAGGUAAGAAACCUGGUCUAGUUGGCGCGCGACAUUGGCUAAUAGAACAUAAAGAUGGAGCCUUCCCGAAUAAUGCCAUUGAGCCGGUUAGCGACUUCCUUGGCUCAUCAAAACGAGUCACGCAUGUCUGCGACCGUUGCCAUGACUUGAUACACCACAACAAAGCAGUUGCCUCGCCUAAACCAACAAUCCUGUCUAUACGAAAUUACCUGGAGGAAUCACCUUACAAAUGGAACCGUGUAUAUCAUAUCAUUGAUGCCGCCGAUUUUCCCAUGUCUCUCGUUCCACGAAUUCACUGGGCAUUGUCAUUGCAGCAGCGUUCGCAGAACCGACGAGCUACGCACGAUAAAUAUUCGCGCGGCAAUAAACUACCAACUAUCUCGUUUAUUAUCACGCGCUCAGAUCUUUUGGCGGCGACUAAGGAACAAGUCGAUUCGAAGAUGGAGUAUAUUCGUACAGAACUCCGAGCAGCUCUAGGACGGACGGGGAAAGAUGCCCGUCUCGGUGGCGUGCAUAUGAUUAGUGCGCACCGUGGUUGGUGGACUAAAGAUGUCAAGGAGGAAAUUCGAGACCACGGCGGCGGUAUCUGGGUUGUUGGCAAAGCCAACGUUGGAAAGAGCAGCUUUAUUGAAGCCUGUUUCCCCAAGGAUACGAAGAGCUUGGAGAAAAUCGAGGAGUAUAUUGGAUCCCGUCGGGAGGAAGAGAUUCCAAACAAGCGACAAGCCUCUCUUGACGACCCGAAUAGUCUCCUGCCCCCUGCUCCUCAAGAAGAUUUGUAUCCUGUGCUCCCAGUGGUGUCUUCUCUGCCAGGUACCACUGUCUCGCCUAUCCGUAUUCCAUUUGGUCGCGGAAGGGGUGAGGUCAUUGACCUUCCAGGUCUUGAACGUGGUCUAUUGGAGGACUAUGUAAAAGAUGAGCACAAGCGGGAUCUGAUCAUGACGAAGCGGAUCAAGCCCGAUCGCUCAACCAUCAAGCCAGGCCAGUCUCUUCUGCUUGGCGGUGGUCUCAUUCGAAUCACUCCCACAAACCCUCAAGACACAGUUAUGGUAGCCAGCUUCCUGCCUAUUGAGUCACAUAUCACCAAUACGCAGAAAGCAAUUGAGACACAGGCAGAGGAGCGUCCGUACCGGGGAAUCGUUCUCAUGAAAGAAGGCACUGGAAGCACGAUGGCCUCCGCCGGCAAAUUCGAUAUCAAGUGGGAUGUCACCAGAUCGCACCUGCCAACAUCCCUUGCCAAGGCAGUUGCAGACAAGGGAAUCCCUAUUCCUUCACUACCAUAUCGGGUGAUGUCAGCUGAUAUUCUUGUUGAAGGCUGUGGUUGGAUCGAACUGAGCAUUCAAAUCCGCAGCAAGCGUGGUGCUGAGGACGAAGCAUCCUAUCCACGGGUCGAAGUAUUCACUCCAAAAGGGAAACACAUCGGGAUCCGGCGUCCGAUGGAGUGUUGGCAAUUUAUUGCAGACAAGCACAAAAAAGACAAGCGCAAGCUCCCACGCACAAGACGCCAGUGA